CAGUUGUUUGUGUCGACUCAAUGAGACUCCAAACUUUCAUCUUUGAAAUUUUUCGCAGCCCCGAAGUGCCAGCGAUUUUGUCACAUUCAGAAUCGACUAAACAGUAAAAUAAAGAAGAAAACUGCUGUUCACGCCACAUCAUGCAGGUUUGCGCCCGCAAAUGAUGUGUUUAGCUGAUAUUUUACUUGUGAUAGGUGUCAUUCUCGUUCAGGUAACAGCAAGGGACAUUGCUUCUAUGGACCUCAAAAAACUCAGUUUCAAGGAUACGGAUGCUAUGAUUAACUUCAUCAACAAUGCUCAGUCAUCAUGGAUAGCAGGGAAAAACUUCCCUGACGACAUAUCUGAGGACUACUUAAAAAGGAUUUCUUCAGCUCCCGUCCCGCAGAUUGACCGGCUACCAAAACUUCCGAUUUUUGAUGAUUUUGAUGAUUCGGAAGCUGAAUUGGGGGACAGUUACGGGAUAUCCGAUCCACCCGCAGAAUUUGACGCCAGAAAACAGUGGGCCAACUGCCCGAGUGUCUCUCAUGUCUACGACCAAGGAAAUUGUGGAUCUUGUUGGGCUGUUGCCGUGGCCUCCGUGAUCACUGACAGAAUAUGCAUCAAUACUAAGGGUGCCUCGAACGACUGGAUCUCAUCAUGGGAGAUUGCGUCCUGCUGUGUAGAAGAUGAGUGCGGUACCGGGUGUUUUGGAGGUUAUGCCAGCAAAGCUUUUGAAUUCUACGUGAAGCACGGAGUGGUAACCGGUGGUGAAUUUGGUAGCAAUGAGGGCUGUAUGCCGUAUAUGGUUAAACCUUGCUCUCAUCACGUGGUAGGAAAAUAUCCAGACUGCCGCUCAUAUAACAAUACAGUUCUUCCGACCUGUCAAAAGCAGUGCAUCAACCCGAACUACAAAAUAUCCAUGGACAAGGACCGACAUUUUGGUAAACGUUCUUAUGCAGUAAAAGUUGCAAAUCUAAAGAAGGAAUUGAGUGAAAAAGGUCCUGUCACAAUGUGGUUCAACGUAAAUGAAGAUUUCCGUCUUUAUAAAUCCGGAGUAUACUUCCAUGUAACUGGCGCAAAAGUUGGAGGGCACAUUGUGAGGGUGCUUGGCUAUGGUACAGAGAACGGUAUCAAUUACUGGUUGUGCGCGAACUCCUGGAACCCAGAGUGGGGUGACAAAGGACUGUUUAAAAUCAAGAGUGGCUCCAAUGAAAGUGGAUGUGAAGAAUUUCUUUUUGCAGCUGAGCCGAAAGUCAAAACUUAACCAAACAUUAUUCAUUUAACACAUUUAAAUCUUGCUACACGAAAUAUGAGACAAUUUUUAUUUUGAGUGUUGUAGUAAAACAUUAUCAUCUACAGAACUAAUCCACGAGGACAUUGCAAACAACUUACAAUUUGCGUAAAUCCUUUCUUAAAGAUUUCUCAUGUUUCAUUAUACAUGCAGAGUAAAGAACAAAUUAACCGCGAAGAUGUUUUUAAAUAAUUACAGCUAUCGAUGAUCUAAUCAAAUAAGUUACGUUAUAGUUACGACCCAACCAGCCCCGUUUUACUCUGUUAAACUCCGCGUUUACUACCAUAUUUUUGAUGUAAAACGACAAAAUAAUUUUGUAAAAUUAGUAAUAAUUAGGGAGUAAAUAAACCCCCUGACCGUUUUGCGGUUACUCUUAUGAUUCUAUGGUAUACUAGAAUAAUAUGAAAUGGAAAAAUAGUGAAAUUGGCCUGAGCAAAAUCGCUCUCAUAGAAAUACAUAUGAGUCUUCUUUGCACUCAGUUCUUUAAAUAUAUUUAAAAACCCUGCCUUAAA